AAAUUCAACGAAAGAGUUGGUGUUUUGGAUCGUCGUUUUCGUGUGCCACUUUCUUCGACUCAGGAGCGAGCGAAUUGUACAGACGAAUCUUUGACUGCUGUUGAUCUCCUGAGCUUUGAUGCUCUGGGUGUUUCUAGUGAGGUAUAUGCAUAUGAUGUUGCUACGUUUCGCAUAAGCCUCAUGCAGCCACUACCACGUCUCUUGGCCAGUUUGAUCGGACAUGGCUUGGAAAUGGGACUAGAUCGUCGUUGCGAUCUUUAUUUAGACAAUAAGAAAACUGCAACUAGUUUAUAG